AUGAAGUUCCUCACCGUCGCCGCCGUCCUCUCGGCAGCCGUCUCGGAAGUCUCUGGACACUACAUCUUCCAACAGUUGUCUGUGGGAUCCACAAAGCACGACGUCUUCCAGCACAUCCGGAAGAACACCAACUACAACUCCCCGGUCACAGACCUCGCCUCGAAUGACUUGCGAUGCAACGUCGGCGGUGCCAGCGGCGCGCAGACGACGGUGGUCAACGUGAAGCCAGGCGACUCCUUCACCUUCACCCUCGACACGGCCGUCUACCACCAGGGUCCAAUCUCGCUCUUCCUGUCCAAGGCACCCUCUCACGUCCAAGACUACGACGGGUCCGGAAAAUGGGCCAAGUUCAAAGACCUCCUCCCGACCUUUAGCAACGGCCAGGCAACCUGGCCAAUGAGACAAACCUACGAGCACAAGAUCCCAACGUGCCUCCCCAACGGCGAGUACCUCCUCCGCGUCCACCAGCUGGGAAUCCACAACCCCUACCCGUCGGGCAUCCCGCAGUUCUACAUCUCGUGCGCGCAGAUCAACGUCACGGGAUCGACUGCGUUCGCGAGCUCGUUUGCGCCGACUUUGAGUAUUCCUGGUGCUUUCAAGGAGACUGAUCCCGGGUAUACUGUCAAUAUCUACCAGCCUGGAUUCACAUCGUAUGAGGCUCCUGGUGGCGCAGAGUGGACUUGCUAA